AUGAACAGUACUGCCGCCGCGAUAAAUCCAAACCCAAAUGUCAUACCGUUCGAUGACACAUACAUUCUUUACGAUUCCCACGACUUCCUAUCAUUCUUAAGUGCAUAUUUUUCGCUAAUGCCCAUCCUAGUACUGGCGUUUUAUUUGUCGUGGUUCAUCAUCACCAGAGAGUUAGAAGCCUGCAUUGUAGCCUUUGGGCAAGUGAUGAAUGAGAUUUUCAACAACGUAAUCAAGAACAUAAUAAAACAACCACGUCCGGUAUCGUUUGGUGCAUCAUUCCAAAAUGAUACUAUAAGAUCUGGGUAUGGGAUGCCCAGUGCACACUCCCAAUUCAUGGGGUUUUGUUUUGCUUAUAACUCCUUGAAAAUAUACACCCUAUGGAGAAACCUAAACUUUUUCGAAAAAUGCAUUUUUUCCAGCGGAUUAGCUUUACUGUCGUUCUGCGUUUGCUUUUCUAGAGUUUACUUGCACUACCACAAUUUGGACCAAGUGAUCAUGGGAUUUAGCGUUGGAGCACUGGCAGGCUCGGUCUAUUUUUUUAUCCUUGGCGUCAUAAGGGAACUGGGCUUAAUUAAUUGGUUUUUGAAACUGCGGAUCGCCAAGUUAUUUUACAUGACAGAUUCUUACAACCUGGCGCCGGUGACGUUAAAAGAGAGUCACAAACUGUAUUGGAAAAGAAUAUCCAUGCAACCUUCCAGUGAUAAUUUCAAAAAAGACUAG